AUGCACAUGGAAAAAGAUGGAGUUACAAAAUCCAGUAGUGAUCAUAAUCUUCAAGCAGAAGCUAAUGACGUAUUUUCUCAGUGGAACCUUCUUCUUGUGGUUCUUCAUUUCCAUGUUGCAUUCUUCAUCUUACUAGCCUUUCCCACAAUAUUCAAUCUUCUAUCCAAACUGAAUUCCAAUUCACACAAAAAAUCACCACCAUCUCCUCCAAAGCGUCCAAUAAUAGGAAAUCUCCACCAACUUGGCACCCUCACUCACCACACUCUCCAAUCCUUUGCUCAAACAUAUGGCCCUUUAAUGUUGCUUCACUUCGGGAAGGUUUCAGUUCUUGUGGUCUCAAAUACUGAAGCAGCACGUGAGGUUUUGAAAACCCAAGACCACAUUUUCUGCAACAGACCAUAUCGUAAGAUGUUUGAUAUCUUCUGGUAUGGUUCCAGAGAUGUAGCAUCUGCUCCAUAUGGUCACUACUGGAGGCAGGUGAAGAGUAUAUGUGUGUUGCAUCUUCUCAGUGCCAAAAAGGUUCAGUGCUUUCGUAAAGUGAGGGAAGAGGAAGUUGUAGUAAUGAUAGAGAAAGUUAUGGAGAGUUGUUCUUCUUUGGUGCCAGUGAACUUGACUGACUUGUUCUCUGAUGUGACAAAUGAUAUAGUGUGUAGGAGUGUUAUUGGAAGGAGAUAUGAAGGGAGUGAGCUUAGGGGCCCAAUGAGCCAGUUGGAAGAGUUGUUGGGGGCUUCAGUUAUAGGGGACUAUAUACCUUGGCUUGAUUGGUUAGGAAGGGUUAAUGGAAUGUAUGGUAGAGCAGAGAGAGUGGCUAAAAGGCUUGAUGAAUUUUUGGAUGAGGUUGUCGAUGAGCAUGUUAGUAUGAGAAGCCAUGAUGGGCAUGGUGAUGAUGUUGAUGGUGAAAGGCAGAAUGAUUUUGUGGACAUCUUGCUGGGGAUUCAGAGAACAAGCUCCACCACAGAUUUUCAGAUUGAUAGGACUAUCAUGAAGGCUUUGAUCAUGGAUAUGUUUGGUGCAGGAACUGAUACUACCCUUGCAGUCCUAGAAUGGGCUAUGACAGAACUCUUGAGGCACCCCAAUGUGAUGCAGAAACUACAAGUUGAGGUGAGAAGCAUGGCUAGGGACAAGACUCACAUAACUGAGGAGGAUUUGAGUGGCAUGUCUUAUUUAAAAGCAGUGAUUAAAGAAAUUCUUAGAUUACAUCCUCCAUCUCCCAUAUUGAUUCCAAGGGAAUCCAUGCAAGACACCAAAGUGAUGGGCUAUGACAUUGCAAUUGGCACACAAGUACUAGUCAAUGCUUGGGCAAUUUCCACAGACCCUUCGUAUUGGGAUAAACCUCUGGAGUUUCAACCAGAAAGAUUCUUGAGGAGUUGGAUGGAUAUCAAAGGACAUGAUUUGGAACUGGUUCCAUUUGGAGCAGGAAGAAGGGGUUGUCCAGGAAUAGCUUUUGCCAUGGUUGUGAAUGAGUUGGUGCUUGCAAACAUUGUGCACCAAUUUGAUUGGACUGUGCCUGGUGGAGUGGUGGGGGAACAAACACUUUGUAUGUCUGAAACUACUGGAUUAACUGUUCAUAGAAAAUUACCCCUUGUGGCUCUUGCAUCACCUUAUAUGUAA